GCAGGUUCUCUGAUUAUUUGCUACUGUUGAUAACAGUGUCAGAUAAUAAACGAACCCAUGGCUUCUACGGUAUAUGGCUCGGCUUAUGUGCCAAGAUCCAGAACAAUUGAAGUCCCUCUUCAGCAUGAACAAGUGCUUGAAGUUGUGUGUAAUGACCUACCGAGCAAUUCCACCGAGCUCACCGACAUUUUCCGACAAGAAGGUGUUCCUUUAGCCUACUACCGCAUGCUUGCACUCGAAUACUAUGAGCAAGACAAAGUAGAACAAAGCAUCGUCGUCAUACAGGCAGGCUUAAGCACAGCCAGCCAUUCCCCUCACACUCAACCGCGUCAGAAACUGCCAUUGCUGACCUUCAUGGCGACCCUUCACAUGAAAUUGGCAAAAAAAGCAACCGAUGAGGCUCAACGACAGAAGCAUCUCAACGACGCGACGCAGUUUAUCAACGAAGCCGAUCGUAUUCAUAAUCAGUACGAACAGACAUUCGUCGUCAAAGGCCAUCUCUAUCUUUUACGUAGAGACAUCAACGAAGCCAUUCGUUCUUUCAACAUGGUUCUUGAUAAGCGUCCCAACUGCAUUCCCGCCUUACUCGGCAAAGCCAAGAUUCAGUACCAUUUGCGACAGUACAAGCAAUCGCUAAAGACGUAUCAGACUGCUUUGAUUUAUUCGCGAGGAAGGUUUUCACCUCUGGAAAUCCGGUUUGGCAUCGCGCAGUGUUUUUCCCGAUUGGGAAUGGACGAAGAAGCCAAAGCCGCAUUGAAGCGAUGUAUCGAAGUGAGCGAGAAGCCCAAUGCUGCCGUGUUGGCCUUAUUGGCAAUUAUUGAGUUGAAUCAAUCGAAAAAACCGGACCAAGGCCUUGUACAGCAGGAAAAUGCAUUACGCCAUGGUUUGCAACACAUGCAGCAAGCACAUCGCGCUGAUAAGAAGCAGCCUGUGGUUCUCAAUAUGCUGGCAAAUCACUUUUUCCUGACGCGGGAUUUUGAAAAGACCAUGAAGUCAGCUUCCAAAGCAUUAGUAACCGCCACCAACGAUAAUAUCAAAGCAGAAGCGUCCUAUCAGAUCGCUCGCGCCCACCAUCAAAUGCAACAAUACGACGAUGCCUUCAAAUUUUACCGCCAAGCUUUGGAGCUGAAUCCUGAUCAUAUUCUGGCGCAAUUUGGCAUUGGACAAAUGCACUUGUGCAGAGGGGAAUUGGAUGUCACUGCACAAAUUUUUGAAAAAUUGCACGAGACUGAACCUCAGUGUAUUGAAGUGAUCAAGAUUUUAGGCUCUCUGUAUACAGCUACAGGAAGACAAACACAAGCAUUGAAUCUCUUCAACAAAGUGCUGGAACACUAUGACGACGAUCAGUUUUUGGAUAUCGAAGUAGCGCAAUUAUACGAAGAAAAGGAUCAAACUCGUGCUUUGAAAUACUAUCAAGCCUCUUUGGACAAGUUUAAUCAAAUGGAGGCUGAAGAAGCUCAAAAGCCAGAAAAUCUCGCCAUCAAGUCAGAGCUUCUGAAUAACGUGGCGGCCGUGCAUCACACUUUGGGAAAUCUGGAUGAAGCGGAAACCUACUACAGUUUGGCGAUACAGGAAUUCGAUCGCUUAGGUGAAUCGAGCCAAGACAACAAAAAUGUGGAUGUCAAUUUGAAGAUCACCACCACCUAUAACCUUGCACGCCUUUUCGAGGAUCGCUUGGAAACAGAAAAGGCUACUUCCAUCUAUAAAAAAUUGACCGAAGACUAUCCCUCCUAUGCUGAUGCCCAUUUACGGCUCGGUGCCAUUGAGCAAUUCCGGGGUCGAGCUACUGAAGCGCAGGAAUAUUACAAAGAAGUGUUUGAUUCCGACCCGAUAGACGCUAAAGCUUGGAUUAUGAUCGGUCAAGCACAAGCAACCAUCAACGAGAAAUUAUGUAAACGUUCCUUUGAAAAGGUGCUGAAAGAUUGCGAGAAAAAUGAUCUCUACACACACAUUGCACUCGGUAACUACCAUGCUGCGGCUGCGAGGGAAAUGAAGAGCGAAAAACUACAGAAGCAGAGACAAGAAGCCUACAAGCUGGCUGUAGGUUUCUUUGCGCAAGCUCUACGACGUGACCCAAUGAACUCGUAUGCAGCCAAUGGGUUAGCAAUCACGCUCGCUGACAAUGGUCACAUUGACCAAGCGCGUGAUCUUUUUACUCAAGUUCGUGAAUCAUCUGUCAACAACUCGUGUGUGUGGAUCAAUUUGGCGCACACUUUUGUAGAACUGAAGCACUAUAAGCAAGCUAUUGUGAUGUAUGAAAAUGCUUCCAAACGAUUUUUUGCCAACCGAGAUGCCAAUAUUUUGUUAUGUCUUGCGCGCGCGCAAUUUAUCAUGAGCAAAUCCACCAAAGAGCCGGAGAUCAUGUUAGAGUCUCUACGAAAUACCGAAAAAGCAUUCCACUUGAACCCGUCCGAUAAAUCCACCUUACAUAAUAUCGCUUUGGUUCAGCAAUCUUACGCUCAGCUAAUAUCCGAUUUGUCGAAAGAUCAACGAACUUCCGUCGAUUUACGCCGUGCCAUUAAAUCCUUGGACACCAGUCAAAGGAUAUUCAAAAUGUUGAUCGAUGUGCCAGAAAGCGAGUUUGUAUUGUAUGAACGUGGCAUUACGAAGCAGCGUGCUCGUUAUGGUGAAACACUGCGUACACAAUUGGAAAGAAAGAUGACGGAGCAGUUACAAUUUGAGGAAGACAAACAACACAAGUACGAAGAAGUUCGAAAGAAACGAGAAGAAGAAGCCGCCAGAUUGGAAGCGGAAGCCAGCAAGAAACGUCAAGCUGAAGAAGAGGAAAGACAGCGCAUGGAAGAGGAACGACGCCGACUGAUGGAAAGAGUUCGCGAAGAAAACUUACGCAUGGCAUCCAUGGAAGUGGAUGAGGAACCUAUCGUACCGGAAAAGAAGUCACGCAAGCGAACUAAGAAACAAAAGGAAUUGGAGGACGACGAGGAGGAGGAGAACGAGGUAGAGGAACCCGAAGAGCGCGCCGGUCGAAGCAGAAAGCAAUUUAGAAGUUCACGAAUCAUCGAAGAUUCGGACGAAGAGUAGUAAAUUACAUACAAAAAUUUAAACCAGCAGAGAAAAAAAAAAAGGAAUGAAUUACCGGAUUUUUGUUACUUUCAAUGCUCUUCCAUUUACAGAUUAGUCAACUUGCAGCCCAUAAAAAAUAAAAAGUCAAAUGAGAGGCAUCAGGCUAGAUAUGAAGAUCAGAUAUCAUAGAGCUAAAAAUAUGGAAAAAAAAUAACCAGCCAGAUCACGGUAUGUAGAAUAGUGAAAC